AUGCGCAAGCUGCGCCUGGUCCCCUGCAGCAGCAGCAGCAGCAGCAGCAGCAGCAGCGGGAAGCCCAGCAGCAGCAGCAGGGGGCGCCGCACUCCCGCUGCUGCUGCUGCUGCUGCUGCUGCUGCUGCUGCUGCUGCUGCUAAGUACGUGCUGGCCACAGACUCCUUCUACUCCGAACAUGACUUCCGCUGCAGCAUUUGUUUGGAGUUGCUGCUGCACCCUGUCUAUACACCUUGCUGCCACGUCUUUUGUGGGGACUGUCUCCUUGCUGUUCUCGCCAAGGCCAGCUUCUGUCCCCUUUGCAGGAGGGCGCUGUACGUCAAGAGUUUGAAGCCCUUGGAAGAAGCUGAGGACGAAGCCCUCGUUGAUUUGCUGCUGCAUUACAUGCUGCUGCCGGUCCACUGCAACGCCUGCGGCUGGGCGGGGCCCUUCUCAGCUUGGAGCAGCAGCCACACGAAGCAAGUUUGCUUGGAGGAGCAGAAACAGCGGAGAUGGAGGUCAGCAGCAAACAGCAGCAGCAGCAGCAGCAGCAGCAGCAGCAGCAGCAGCAGCAGCAGCAGUAGCAGCAAGUUGGUAAGCGGGCCGUGCAACAACGGAGAGCUCAGCAGCAGCAGCAGCACCACACUUAGGACGGACGAUGAGCGGCUCGCGAGCACUGCAGACACAAGCAGCAGCAGCGUCUACAGCAGCAGCAGCAGCAGCAGCAGCAGCAGCAGCAGCAGCAGCAGCAGAGCAUUCGUGCGCAGGCUGCAGGACUCACAAGAUUCGCUGGUGCGUGAGGAAGCAGCAGCUGCUGAAGCAGCAGAUGCUGCCACUGAUGCGGCGGAGACAGCAGCAACAGCAGCAGCAGCAGCAGCAGCAGCCUCUACAGCAGCAGCAGCAGCCUCUACAGCAGCAGCAGCAGCCUCUACAGCAGCUGCAGCAACUGCAGCAGCAGACACAACAGCAGCAGCAGAACUACGCGAUGCUGAGGCGGUGGAUGAUGUGGAAGAGCUGCCUGUGGAAAUGGAAAUUGAAUGCGAGCCCCACGCUCAGCAGCAGCAGCAGCAGCAGCAGCUGCUGCUGCUGCCGCUGCAGCAGCGGCAGAUUGAAAAAGAAGAUCGCAGCACAGCAGAAGGCGUUUCCUUUCCCCCUUCUUGUGUUGCUGAAGGGCUGCAAGAGUUGCUGCAGUGGCUUAAGCAGCGGAUACCCAGCAGCAGCAGCAGCAGCAGCAGCAGCAGCAGCAGCAGCAGCAGCAGCAGCAGCAGCGAGCAGCUCGGAGACUGCAUGCGCAUUUGCGUUGUCUCCCACCGAAUGGAAAACACUUUAGGAGCCAUCGGGGGAUUUUUGCUGAGCAGCAACACCUUCUCUCACCAGCAGAUAAUCUUGGAGUUCAAAACUGCUGCUGCUGCUGCUGCUGCUGCUGCUGCUGCGGAAGCAGCAGCAGCAGCAGCAGCAGAGGGCUGCAGCAGCAAAGUCGCUGGCUAUCUCUCCAUCGACUUUUUUGGAGACGUUUCUGCAGGCAGAUUCACUUGGGGCUUUAGUGUCUCCUUUCCCCCCCUGAAACCCUCUGCAUGCAAAAUUGCUGUUUACGAGGCCAGCAGCAGCAGCAGCAGCAGCAGCAGCAGCAGCAGCAGCAGCAGCAGGUGGAGGGGGGGCGCAGCAACGGAAGUCAUAGAAACCCCUGAGCAGUACGACGGAGGUGUGGGGCCCGUGCUGCUGCGAAGGAGCAGCUGCAAGCUGCUGCAGCGGAAGCAGCAGCAGCAGCAGCAGCAGCAGCAGCGCGUGUGUCUUCCUGCUGCAGUGCUGCUGCAGCUGCUGCUGAGCAUCCGCGGCCGCAGCUACCGCGUGGUUGGCUGGAACUGCAGGGACUUCUGUCGCCUUAUUUUAAAAGCGGCUUGCCGCCACCCGAGUUUGCCUUCUCGUGUUAUUCCUGUUGGCCGGCCGACAGCAGAUGCUGCGGAGAUGCUGCUGUUCCUGGAGCUGCUGCAGCGGGAGGAUUUCAGUGAUCCUGCUGCUGCUGCUGCUGCUGCUGCUGCUGCUGCUGCUGAGACGGAGGAGCAGGAAGAAGGCGACGCUUUAGAAACCCAGCAGCGAGGGAUGUUUGCUGCUGCUAGCACAUCUUCGGAGCUGCAGCAGCAGCAGCAGCAGCAGCAGCAGCAGCAACACGUCGAGCCGCAGCAGCAGCUGCUCCAGCAACACACUGCAGCAGCAGCUCAGGUCAACCCAGUGGAGCAGGACUCCACUGGCUCUGGCCUUCGCCGCUCCAGCAGCAGCAGCAGCAGAAGCAGCAGCAGCAGCAGCAGCAGCAGCAGCAGCAGCAACUUGUCUGCGCGGCCAAAGCGGAGGCAGCUCAAUACUUUUUUGAAGGGCGUUGUUUCCCGCAUCAUGCAUCCCCGAAGUCAUCGCGCAGCAGCAGCAGCAACAGCAGCAGCAGCAGCUGCUGCAGCUGCUGCUGCAGAUGGCUGCAGCAGCAACAGCAGCUGCUGCAGCCAGUCGCAGCAGCUGCAGCGGAUAGGCACUGCUACAGAGCUGCGAGACAGCAGCGACAGCGGAGCUGAUGCAGCAGCUAGUGCAGCAGCUGCAGCAGCAGUAGUCGAAGCAGCAGCAGCAGCAGCAGCAGAUGCUGCUGCAGCCACAGAGGAUAGAUGCAGGGAAGCAGCAGCAAUGACUGCUUGGUGGAAGCGGGCCGGCAGCAGCAGCAGCAGCAGCAGCAGCAGCAGCAGCAGCAGCAGCAGCUUUCCUUUCUGUCUUGCUGUUAGGUCUGUGUAUCUGUGUCUUUUUAAAGCUGAGGACCUCAACCGAGCUGCUUUGAUUCCAGCAGCGGAGUUUGCUGCUGCAGCGUCUCGCUGCUUGGGCAGCUUUGUGGGUUCUGCUGCUGGGUCUUUGCUGCCGCGGCAGCGUGCUGCGGAAGACUCCGCAGCAGCAGCAGCAGCAACAGCAGCAGCAGCAGCAGCGGGAGCAGCAGCAUCAGCAGCAGUCCCCUCCGCAGGAACAAUACAACUGAAGUACAGCACCCUUCCAGUGCUGGUUCUGGAGCUGCAGCAGGUGCCUGCUGCUGCCGCUGCAGAGAUAGAAGAGCAGCAGCAGCAGCAGCAACAGCAGCAGCAGCAGCAGCAGCAGCAGGACAGAGGCAGCUCUUGCUUCCAAUCCGUGGGGUAUCUGUCCAUCGAAUUCAGAAGCGACGUUGGCCUCUGCUGGCACUUCUACAGAGAGCGACCACCAGGUCUGGAAGCAGCACUGCUGUCCCGCGAGGUGUCUCGACAGCUGGUGUGCGCCUCGCUUCGAAAAAGCGACAGAAUUUUCUUUUUCAAAAAAAUGAAAAACUUUUUGAUGGAACAAAAGUUCAAGGAAUACCACCCCACAAAGUGGAGCAGCUGGGACUUUGUAGAAGAGCUUCUUGUCCGCUGCGCCCCAGAGGAGGCGCAGCAGCUGCUGGCCUUCUUGCAUUCCUCCGCUGCUGCGUGCUAG